UGCUGCAAGCUGCUGGUGUUGCCGUGACGAUGACAUCCUCCCCCUCCUACACACACACAGACCAGGAGGAGAGGAGAGGAGAGGCAGCAAACAAGAUGGUAUCAUGACGCGAUGGCUUCAGGCUGGAAAACAGGGAAUCAGUGAAUCAGUCCUCUGUGAAUGAGUUCGGCAUCGAUUUUCCUUAAAUCAAUCCUGAAGGGAAACAAUCAACUUCCCAUCUGCUUCGGUUCCUUAUUUUUUGUGUUUCAACAUUCAAAUAAUUGCCUGGAACUAGAAGAAUGAUUAACAUACAUGGGACUUUAAAUGGGACUGUAUACCCUCAGCUUUAUAGAAGAAUGAAGUUGAUUUGGAUUGUUGACUAAAACCAUUGAAAAAGAAGAUCAGCCCCAGAAUUUAAGUCAAAAACAAAACGGAUCUUUUUUUGGAUUCAGAAUGUGCAAACAGUCUGUUUGAGGAUUUUACUUCUUCCUCCUGAAUGUACAAUGGAGUAAACAUCAAAGAGUCUGGAUACGCAAGGAACCCAAUACAAAGCAAAGCAGGCAACCCUCUACUUGAACGUAAAGCUUCUUCUCCUGGCUGCGGUGAGGAACCAGGGGUGUGUUCGGAGGUCCCCUCUCACCAGGCUGCCGCUCGCAGAUGGAGGCCCACCAACACUCCCCAGAUAGCAGCAGUGAGGAGUGCACCGUCCUGGAGGCCCCGCCCAGCAAGAACGCCUGCCUGCAGCACGCAGGGAAGGUGGCUGACCUGUACUGCUCAGGCUGCGAGUGUGCGCUGUGUGAGGACUGCCUACCGGCCCACAAUGAUCACCCCAAGGUGGCGCUCAGCCAAGGCCUGGAGCAGCGCCGGAACCGGCUGCAGGAGAGACUCGGGGCCGUCCAGAAAAGACUCCCCCAGAUUUCAGAUGCUCUGUCCUUCGUUAAGGAGAUUCUCCAGCAGCUGACCAAUCAGAGAGCGUCCAUCGAAGAGGACAUCCAGUCCAGCUUUGAGGACCUCCACAAGCAGCUGGAUGUUCGGAAGAGCGUUCUCCUGAUGGAGCUCGAAGUCACAUUUGGUCUCAAACAAAAGGUCCUCCAAGCACAGAUAGACAACCUCACCCGUGGAGACGGGGACAUAACGGCCACCUGCACCCAGACGGAGGAAGCUCUGGCUGAGGAGGCGAGCGUGGCGACUCUGGAGGUGGAGCACGAGUUGGAGGAAAGGCUGAAGGGGCUAGCUAUACUUAGAAUGCCGUGCCAGCCGGAGGAGAACGACCAGCUGGAUCUGGUGAUGGAGACAGAUGGACUGAGAAAAUCCAUUCACAACUUGGGGACCAUUGUUACAACUAGCGCUGUGGCAAGUCAGAGUGAAGCCAUGGGCAACGGCUUGGAGCAGUGCAUUGUGGGAUAUCCUGCUUCAGUUACUAUAGUAACAAGGGACAAGUCAGGGGGAGCCUGCAAAAGUGGCAAUGCCAUCUUAUCAGCUGAGGUAUUCACCCCUGAUGGCAGCAUUGUUGAUGGCGAGAUAGUGGACCACAAGAACGGUACAUAUGAGUUUGUUUACACGGUGCCCAAGGAGGGCGACUUCUCGCUGGCUCUCCGUCUGUACGACCAACACAUCAAAGGAAGUCCCUUCAAACUGACCAUCACCAAGGCGUCAGAGGUGGAGGUCGAGGUGUCUCCCUCCACUACAACAGCAACUAACUCAGCAGCCAACGCCACCCCAUCCACGGGCUCCUCUGACGGGACAAAGAGGCGAGGAAAGUCCCCCGGCCAGAAGAAGAAAGGUUCCAAGAGGGCCAGCAGCGCUCUGGGCACCCCGCGACGAAAAACUCAAAAUCCCAUCGAGGACGAUCUCAUCUUUAAGAUCGGAACAAAAGGUAGAAAUAAAGGCGAAUUCACCAACCUUCAAGGAGUAGCUGCCUCCUCCACCGGCAGGAUUCUGAUAGCUGACAGCAACAAUCAGUGUGUUCAGAUUUUCUCCAAUGAGGGUGAGUUUAAGAGUCGUUUUGGGGUACGUGGACGGUCUCCUGGCCAGCUGCAGCGGCCGACGGGCGUAGCUGUGCACCCCAGCGGCGACAUCAUCAUCGCCGACUAUGAUAACAAGUGGGUCAGCAUCUUCACCUGCGAGGGCAAGUUCAAGGCAAAACUGGGCUCUGGGAGACUCAUGGGUCCAAAAGGCGUGUCUGUGGACCAAAAUGGUCACGUGAUCGUAGUUGACAACAAGGCGUGUACAGUCUUCAUCUUCCAGCUGACCGGCAAGCUAAUUGCUAAGUUUGGGAGUCGGGGCACUGGUGACAAGCAGUUUGCAGGUCCACACUUUGCAGCAGUGAACAAGAACAAUGAGAUCAUCGUUACAGACUUUCAUAACCACUCUGUCAAGGUUUUUACCACCGAGGGAGAGCUGGUGUUAAAGUUUGGCUCAAACGGAGAAGGUAACGGCCAGUUCAACGCUCCCACUGGUGUAGCUGUGGACGUAAAUGGGAACAUCAUCGUAGCUGACUGGGGCAACAGCCGAAUACAGGUUUUUGAUGGCAGUGGCUCCUUCCUGUCCUACAUCAACACAUCAGCAGACCCUUUGUAUGGACCACAAGGUCUGGCGCUGACCUCGGACGGACAUGUGGUGGUCGCUGACUCCGGUAACCAUUGCUUCAAAGUCUACCGCUACCUACAAUGAUAAAGACUUGGGCUGAAAUAGGGAAGAAGUGGGAGAGGUGGACAAGUAGGGCAGGAGUGAGAAUAAAAAGCUACAGCUCACAAUGCUUAAUUCCAUCUAUCCAUUGCAUGAAUCUCUCCUAAUGGAUUAACUGAAGAAAAGAAACAGCAAGGAAAACGUUCGGCCUCUGUCCUUACAUUAUCUGACCUUCAGAGGAGACGCCUAAGUUUGGUGGCUGUGAUGAGGUAUGGAGCCAGCAUGGAAUAUGAAGAUGCAAACUGUGCAGCAAUGGAUUCCUAUUUUUAAAUUGCCUUCACCUAGAGAGGUCUGGAAAAGGAUGACCAGUCAAGUAUAGAAUACAAGUGAAAAAUAAAUGGUUGCAAAAGAAAAGGAAGACAAAUGUCCUUGGAAACCUUUGCAACCUAAAUAUAUAAAGUUCUGAAUGUUGGACUGAAGAACUAUCAAUGGCAUUGAGGUGAUUUGGUGAGAAUGAUUUGAAGUUUUGAUAGUUUUACAAUGUUAUGCCUUGAUGUAUUGUAUGUAAAAGACAAAAUAAUGUCCAGUGAGCUAAAAGGGGUCCAUAGCUAUGACAUUUAUUUAUUUAUUUAUUUAUUUUUUUCAGUUUAGUGUUUCUAUGCUCCAUAAUAGCUGCUCAGGUAGUCCUUAAGCAAAGCAGCCAACUUUAACUGGUCUUGCUUUCAGUGGAGAUGUGAUGAGAAGUAUGAAUAUCUGAGUGAAAUUACAGCCCAAUGAAUUUCAAUCAAUCAAUCAAAUGCCCAUAAAGUGUAUGAGAAUACUUCCAUUCAGCAGACUUUUACCCCUUUACCACUAGUACCUACUCAGUGUGGUUCAUCUCGGGUCAGUCCAAAUCUACAUGGUUUGGUUAACUUUUUAUUACAAUUAAGUACAGCCUUAAUGUGGGCAAGAUCGUCAAUAGAUUUGUAAUGUGACACUACUGCGUGGUCCAUACUUUUGUUAGAGUCAGAGUGAAAGAAGAGUCAGAAGGCUUCGGGCAGCAAGACGAAGCACUCUGGACAGGAGAGAUUGGGAAGCUAUGGAGCAAGACAAGCUAAAGGAUGUGUGAGGGUAAGCUAACGCUACACAAUGCUAGCUUGCUAUAGUGGUAAUAUAAAUAAUAAGCCCAGCAUACAACGAUUUAAUGGUUGAAAAUAUCAGUUAUUAUAAUAUGUAUGCUGUGACUAUUGACACCGCCUUUUACCUAAUCAGUGAUCGACAGUCUUCUGACGUUGCGUUUUCAGCGUGACUCGGCAAGGUUGGAACUGCAAGCAAGCAUGUACUAAAUUUAGUAACAGUUCAAUGUACCCGUUACUGAUGGAAAAGCCUAAAAAGUAAGUACAGCUGUACCGAAACACAAUGAGAUUUCCCCAAUCUCAAUGCUCCAAUCUGGUUAGCAGGCAUUGGGUAGACAUGCAGGUAAGUCCUCUGCCAUAGACCACUUUUAGCUUGUUGUACAUUGUUUGUACAUAUGGAUUAUUUUAAUUAUGGAAUGUUUAUUUUUUCCCAGAAGAUUGAAUCCUUUAAAUAUCUUGAACAAUAGAUUGAUCAUUAUGAACAACUGCUUGAAACUAAUUUUGAUUGUCUGACUUGUCGAAUGAGGCUGACGUAACGGCUUUGGCCAAAAGCAUCGUCUCUGUGCUUGGUGUGUGUUCUUGUACAUUACGUGGAGGAACGAAAAAGCUCUAUAAAUUUGUCCUAUAUAUUUGUGAGAACAUCUUUAACAUUAUCGGGUGAAUUGACAUUUGAAAUCACUGACAUAUAUUUCUGCUCGUUGUCUUGGCAACUGUAAAGAGAAGGAAUUUUAAAACACAUUUUAAAGGAGACAACACUACCAACACUUGUAUUGUGUGCAUGCAGUAAUUACAAAGAUUAUGCAGCUUGUUUGACUUGACUUUCAAGGAGGUUGUAAACACUGAACUAGAUCUGCGUGCUGGAAGGUUUUAUUAUUUAAGAGGAUGCAGUAAACAACAUAUCAAAUUCUUACUGUCGUGGCAUGGAUUCAUCAGUGUUGGAAUGUAUGUGUUGCUGCCUGGAUAAAGACAGCAUUUCCAGCAAACAAAUGGAAAAAUACUGUUUAUUGUUUUCUAAAACAGUUCUGGUCCAAACAGUACAUACUGUAUGUACUAAAUGUACCGUGACAAAAAUGAAAAAGAUUCUAGUUAUUUUCAUCUUCCAGCCAGGUAUCCAAACCCAUGAAAUGGAUCACCAGUUCAUUUGAUACAUUUAAGUCAUUGUUAUUUACAACAAUGCAUAAAAAACACAAAAAAUUGUGAUUUUUUGUACACCUUCAUAAACUGCCUCAAUGCCGUAUCAGUGAGUAUUAAUGAUAAAUCAAUGCCAUAUCCACAGCUCUUGCAUUUAGGCCCUCUGCUCUCCACUUGGCAGUUUAAUUGCUCAUUCUGGAGGUGCGAUGUUCUGCCAGUGGUCUCCAGUUGUGAUGCUCAGCUUAACUUUCAAUGUUUCAUGAGAAGGUUUACAGUCUCAUUGGCACAGAGCAUUAAAGAACAAUACAGCUGCUAAGGACUGGAUGAAUAUCCAGCAAGGCUUUUACAACAGCCCAGAAUCAGACUAGCUGGCAUUUAAAUUAUGUCGACGCUGAGGUAAAAUAUUUCAACGCACUAUUCUUUUUAAUCAUAAGUCAUAACUCAGUGGUUUACAAAAUGUUGUCCUCAAUCUUAAUAAGUCAAAAAUAUGAACUUCUCAACUUAAUUACGUCCAGGAUAAACUAUCCUCUUAACUUAUGACUUCCAUUAAUUAUUUAUAAUUAUUUAUUUAGUCUUUUGACCUUGCUGUUUGAUUGUUUUUUCCACCAUGUGCAUUGAAAUUCUUAAGUGCCCGUAUUCUUUUUAUACAUUUCAUCAAGUCGUCUGAACCAAACUGUGAUUGUCGCAGCUUUUGUGGUUGUGCAGUUUUAUUAAUUUACUAGAAUAAAGUUAUAACCAGUUAUAGCAAGUUUGAAAAGAACUACCAUUGUACGUCUUAACUGGGACCAAAGGAGGAAUUAAGCACACAGAUGGUUUAAGUUAGCUAGUUGGCAGCGGGUUACACAUACUGCAGCUCACUGGAUAAAAUCUGUUGUCUAGCUUUUAAUUACAACUUAUCCAGUUUAUUUUAAAAUGCUAGUCAGCUUGUGGCUCUUCAGUCCACUGACAUCAGAUUUAAAUAUUUACUCAAACCAACAAACAGUUUCAUGUUCAACACAAUACGUAGAUUAAAUGUAACAUUCUCAUUCUCUGUUCGUUUCUGUUUUGUGCCGAUUGUCAGUUUGUUGUAACUGAAUUAUCUGAUUGUUAGCAACCAGAAGUGCUGCUACGUCUGAGAGUUUUCUGUCUCUCAUUGAGCUGCGAUUACUUUUUUUUCCUUGUUAUCCACGAGGUCGAUGAAAUUAGGCUGUUUUUUAAUUCAGUCCUUGUGCGCUGGACAUUCAGCUUUACUGUGUGUAUAUAAUGAAUGUGGGUAAAAUGGUGGAAUUUCUGUCAUCUUGUUGAUUUGAAGUAUACUGCUAAGAUGAUUUAAGCCAAUAAAAAAUAAAGGUUUGAUGAAAGCAUAAAAGCCAUUGUUUAACUUCACAAUGAAAACCCUGACUGUAACCCACCUCCUGCUUCAUGUACAGUUGUUGUCUGCUCUUACUCUCUUUGUAGUUACUGUCUGUCACGUCUGUUCAUGUUAAAGGCCCAUCUCUGAAUAUUCACACAGACUCAACACAGAAAUAAAACAUUGAUUCCUCA